AUGUACUACUUCAUCUCACAACUGUCCAUCAGUGAUGUCAUGGUGAUCACAAAUAUUGUCCCCAACAUGCUCCAGAUUCUACUGAAUCACGGAGAGACCAUCACUUUUAUUGACUGCAUCACUCAGUUGUAUUUCUUUUGUUCCUCUGAAGCUUUUGAGUGCUUUCUUCUCGCUGUGAUGUCCUAUGACAGAUAUGUGGCCAUCUGUAAUCCUCUACGUUAUGCUUCUAUAAUGACAAAUAUCCAUUGUAUAAAAUUGUCCGCCAUGUGUUGGUUGGCCAGUUUUACUAUUACUUUGACUAACAGCAUAACAAUAUCAAUGUUAGAGUUCUGUGGGCCAAAUGUUAUUGAUCAUUUUUUCUGUGACAUUAUCCUUUUUCUAAAUCUUGCCUGUUCAGACACCUUUAUUAUCCAGUUGGAGAUUUAUGCUAUUGGUAUCCCUAUUAUAUUAAUCCCAACCACAAUCAUUGUAGUGUCUUACACCUAUAUUGUAUUAGCAGUCUUAAGCAUCUCAUCCAGUACCGGUAGACAGAAAGCCUUCUCCACCUGUAGCUCCCACCUCAUUGUGGUCUCCAUUUUCUACUGGACUAUGUUCAUUGUUUAUGUUGUCCCAACAAAAGUCCUAACAUUCUCCAUGGGUAAAAUCCUGUCCAUGCUAUAUACUGUAUUCACUCCUUUGGUUAACCCUAUAAUAUACAGUCUGAGGAAUAAAGACAUCAAGAAAGCCAUACAGGAAACACUUCGUAGGAGUGUGAUCUGGUAA